AUGGAUGUUGAACUUGGUAGCCAAAAUACCAAUGAUGGUGGAACGAAUGGACAAGAUGGUCAUCGAUCGCCGCCUAGCUAUAGUAGAGUACGAUAUGAACAGCAAAGACACAAGGAAGUCAAGCGUGUUCGUAUCCUAUCCAUCAUGGUUUGUGUAAUGGGCAUUAUCCUGGUAUUGCUUGUUUUCUUGCAUAUCGUCUUUACGAAAACUACAAAUUAUUUGCCGUUAAUGUUCUCAUCCGCUGGACUAAUCGUUUUCUGCAGCAGCGUUCUAAUCUAUUCCAGCAGUGUGGAGAAUGGAACGAGACUUUUAACAUCCCAUAAAAAUAUUUCGUACUGCUUGUUGGGAUGUUGCUGCAUUCUAUCCUUCGCUACUGGUAUUGUGAGUGGAUUUAAUGCCUUCCAAAAUAGUAUUGGUACAUCAAUCAUUAUCAACAUUUUCAUCUGCUUUUUCAAUUUGAUGUGCACUUGGGCCAUCUAUGCCGCUGGCUAUUCUAUUCACCAUAAUAGAGUGGAAAUCACUAGAGCAUCACGAUGUGUGCAAAGUUCAACCUUACCUUCUCCACCAAGUUAUGACUCCUGCUUGGCAACUACGGGCACUCCAUCACAGACAAAUUUGCCGAUUUAUGUUAUAGAAACAGAGAUCGUAAAGCUCCCUAACUACGAUGAAGCAUUGAAAAUGAAAAAGUAA